UUUGGAGAACUGGUGGGAAUUUCUUUCUGAGUCUUCUCCUCGCGUUUCCAUGGCGUCCGGUGGACCUGGGAAUGCAGCUGUGGAGUGGCAUCUGAGACCCCCAAACCCUAAAAAUCCGAUCGUAUUUUUUGACAUCACCAUCGGUAACAUCCCAGCUGGAAGAAUCAAGAUGGAGCUCUUCGCUGAUAUUGCUCCCAAGACCGCCGAAAAUUUCAGGCAGUUCUGCACUGGUGAAUACAGAAAAGCACAAGUUCCAGUUGGUUACAAGGGUUGCCAGUUCCAUAGAGUGAUCAAGGAUUUUAUGAUUCAAGCUGGUGAUUUUAUUAAGGGUGAUGGUAGUGGAUGCCUCUGUAUUUAUGGGAGUAAAUUUGACGAUGAAAAUUUCAUUGCAAAACACACUGGUCCUGGUCUGUUGUCAUUGGCAAAUAGUGGACCAAAUACUAAUGGAUGUCAGUUCUUCAUUACUUGUGCAAAAUGUGAUUGGCUUGACAAUAAGCAUGUCAUCUUUGGGAGAGUACUUGGAGAUGGUCUCUUGGUUGUCAGGAAGAUCGAGAAUGUGGCCACUGGACCCAACAACCGGCCUAAACUUGCCUGUGUUAUAGCAGAAUGUGGAGAAAUGUAGAGUCCCGAUACCUUAACAAUGGUGUAAAACUUCGGUUUUUUUAGCAAAAAAAGGGGGAAAAACAACUGUAUAAAAUAUUAAUCUACAUUGACUGUUAUUUAGAUAAAUAUAUACUGUUGAAAGGAUAGUUUCUCAAUCUUUCCUUAAUGAUAGUGGUUUGAUUUUUCUCUUUCCUGAUA